AUGGCACUCACAGCCUCCAGCAGGACGUGUCUACCAUUCCAGACCGUCGCCUCUGGGCGCAGCGGCAGGCGGCCCACAAACAUUGUUGUCACACAGUGCAGUGCAGCGGCCGAGCCACAGGUGGCCAGGCGCAGCCUGCUGGGCGUGGCCCUGCUGGCGGCGACAUCGGCGGCACCCGCGCAGGCCAUCCUGCCUGUCAGCCGCUGGGACGGCGAGAGCAGCGCAGUGGGAUCUUGUGAACUGGGGGAGGCAGGGGACGCGUGCCCCCAGGCAAUCCUGGCUGGCAACCCCGCCGUGCUGGGCUCGUACGACGCCAAGGCGGGAGGAAAGCGCGGUGCUCAGUGGGCGGGCGGCGUGCCGGUGGCCGACAUGGGCGCCGCCUCGCCCUACGCCCGCGACACGCUGGCGCUGACAGACCGAGUGCUGGCCUUUGCCGCGCUCAACGGCGACCCGGCAAACCCAGAGCGCAUCCAGCUGGUCAAGGAGCUGAAGACUGAGUUCCCGGGAUGGGUGUCCAAGUAUGCGCGCGGCGGCUCCGCCCGCACCGUGUCUGCCCGCAAGGUGUAUGUCGUGGUGGACGCCAUCUCCGCCCACUUUGCACAAAACGGGCUGGCACCCGUCCCCAAGACCAAGAUGGCGAAGCUGGAGGGGGAUGUGCAGGUGGCGCUUGCGGCGCUGGCAGAGGGCAGGUGA